CAUUGUCGAAAAAAACAUUGCUAGGAUGUCUCAGGCGCAAUUAUACCUUACGCGCGGUGGUAUUAUCCCGAAACGUCAGACUCAUCAUUGUGGCACUGCCGACACCUCUUACCAUUCUACAUACCUAGGUCUAGAGUACGAGCAUCCCUGUAGAACCUUGUUCCUCCACCAUGUAUGACCUCUGGUGAAGAGGCUAUGAAGUCGUCCUCACUGUCAUAUCUACUUCUCCGUAAAAUGAAUCUCCUUACGGACUCAAAUUGCCAUGUCGUGCAUAUAUAAAGAAGUUACUUCACGGCCGCUUCCUUUUAAUUAUAAUAUAUUUAUAUAGCGUGCUAUAAACAGCGCCAGGCUCAACUUCCUGUCAAUUUUUGAUACCUCGUCUGGCUUGUCAAAAAUUUCCUGAAAAAAUGCAGUUGAAACGCUUCGCCUCAGUUUUACUUACACUAUUUAAUUUUUCAAGGGGUUGCCUUCAUGAUCAUGUUCGUACGCCUCAUCUACGCGAUGUAGAGGAUGCUCUCAGCAAGCGAGAUGUACCGGCACUCGUGAAAACAGCAAUAACGAAUGUGCGAGUCUUCAAUGGCUAUACCAUAGGCAAGCCACAGACCGUCAUCAUCGACGGCGGAUACAUUACCGAUUGCGAUGAGGGCAUCGAGAAAACCAUCGACGGUGGCAAUCGCAUUCUAAUUCCCGGGUUGAUAGACGCUCACACACACGUGGUGACGGUCGAAGGCCUCGAAAACAUGACUUCAUACGGUGUUACAACGAUAUUCAACAUGGCCUGCUCAGACAUCGAUCUCUGCAAAUCUCUCAGGUCAAAUCCAGGCCUAACGUCGCUUUUUACCACCAUGCUAUCUGCCCUAACCCCGUCCGGUGGGAACUCUAACCUCAACCCGGUGGCGCCCGAGCAGCUACUUUAUCCUAACACAGACCCCAGGUCCCUCGUCGACUAUUCUUUCGGCAACGGCUCCGACUACUUUAAGGUCGUAGGUGCACCUGACGGGCCGACCCAGAAUCAGUUCAACGGAAUAGUCAACUAUACGCACUCUUUAGGUCACUUUGCCGUCGCGCAUGCGCCCAGUGUCUCUGCCUUCACGCGGGCGGUAUCAUCAGGGAUAGACGUCGUGCAGCAUAUUCCCGAUGACGGCGUACUGUGUUCCUCCGUUGUCGGAUCGAUGAAGGAAUACAAUCUGGCUUCUACUCCGACUAUAGAGAUAUUCCGCCGCGCGUACACUAUACAGCCAGAGAUACUGCAGUUUCUGCGUGGGAACAACUCGGCCAAUGCGACAUAUCAGAACGUACUAAGUAAUGUAAGACACCUACAUAAAGCUGGCGUUCCCAUACUGGCGGGGACAGAUGCAGUCGGCAGCACUCUACCCGUAAUCUACUUUCCCUUUGGAGACUCACUCCACCAAGAGCUGCUGAACUUGGUAGGCAUUGGCAUGACACCCGCAGAGGCUUUACGGGCUGCGACGAUUGUUCCUGCAACAGUGCAUAAGUUGAACGAUAGGGGUGCAAUUCGGCCUGGUCUGCGCGCAGAUUUAGUCCUACUAAACAGCGAUCCUCUAGUGAAUAUCUCCAACACCAGAGAUAUUGCCAAGGUUUGGGUUGGCGGCAUAGAAUAUGCUAAUGUUGCGAAGCCUAGUGGUGAGGCUUGAAAACGUACCUAGAUACGAAGCAGAUGGUCAAUUUUAUUAAUAGGGGGCAGGUGAGAGUAUUCGGCUAUAGACGCACUUAUUAUUCUAAACCAAGGGGUUAGGUACUACUUUAGGUAACAUCCCAAAUUGAAAACUACUAGUAUUUCUUCAAUAAUAUAUUGC